UACUGCACCAAUCCCCGUUACCAGGGGAGGAUCUACAUUGGUUUCACUGUCAAUCCCGAACGACGCAUAGACCAACACAAUGGUGGGAAACGGUGUGGUGGGGCCUGGAAGACGAGUGGACGUGGGCCAUGGGACAUGGUGUUGAUUGUUCAUGGUUUCCCCUCUGAUGUAGCUGCUUUGCGCUUUGAAUGGGCCUGGCAACACCCUCACUCAUCCCGCCGUCUCAACCAUGUCACCCGCCGGAAAACACGGGAGCGUCAGUUUGACUUCCACUUGCGUGUCUUAGCCCACAUGCUGCAAACUGCCCCAUGGUGCCGUCUGCCCCUCACCAUACGAUGGCUCAAGCAGCAGUACUGCCGAGAGUUCCCCCCAGGCUUGGAACCUCCCUUACACAUGCCCAUAGCCUUUGGGCCAGUUCGAGCUGUCAAAGACACUAAGCGUGCUGAACCAUCAUCUCCAGAGGAACAAGUGAUGACCACAAAGCAUUGUAGUGUCUGUCUGAAGACUUUUCAGGAUGGGGAUAAAGACAUUCCCUUGCACUGUUUUCACCCAACUUGUACUAUGGCUGCUCAUAUAUUUUGCCUGUCUCAUCUUUUCCUGGAAAAGGAACCUAAUCAUAUCCUGCCCAUCGAAGGACAGUGCCCGGGCUGCAAAAAUCUUAUCCUUUGGGGAGAUCUGAUUCGUCAUCAUAAAGGUUGCUAUGGUAACAUAGAGGCCGAUCCCACCUCCUCUCAGAAACACUGGGCUGAUGAACUGCAACCAUGAAGGAGGAGACCUAUAAAUGUGACCAAGACCUAUUUCCUUGCUGAGAGUGGAUCAGAGGAUCUCGACAUGGUUCAGCUUCUCUUAGUCUGAUAUCCAAAAGGCUAAAAAACUAAGUAGGGCUGGAUUCUCUGCUCGUGUGGCCCACCCCAGAAUCAUGUAACAAACAAUAUUUAAUGUUCAUUAAGUGGAAUAAUUAAAUUGAAGGACCAUAGUCAUGCUGGAUGUUUACGGAUUGUGAGGCAGGAAUGCUUGGGAAGUGCAGAAUCAUUAGCUUAGAUGAGAAAAACUAGUUCCAAUUUUCCGUUUCCAAAAUUUCUGGCUGCAAAGUACGUAAGUUUGGUGUUUUUUUAGACUGAAGGAGUCAGUAAACUUAAAACAAAUAUGUAAAUAAGAUAGCUAUUGUUUUAUACUGUAUCUAUAGCGCAUUGAAUGCUUAAAUGGAUUGUAAAAAAGACACUCUGAAGUGCAGAGAUUCUUCAGAUAACACAUUUCUGAUUUUAUAUGGCCUUUUUCUCAUUUAUGCAAAGCAUUUAACAAACACUUUCAGUAAUUCUUACAACUCUGUUUUUAGCUUGGCAUUAACCAAAUAUUGCAGAUGAGAGGGCUUACCUAAACUCUCUAAAUAAAUUCAUGCCUCUAAAUAAAUUCAUGGGGUUUAAAAGUCCAUCAGUUGAACCAUCAAGGUAGAAUUAUGUUUUUAAUGAAGUUAACUGACAUGAGUCUUUGUUGAUUAUGAUAGUGUACAAAAUAAACAAGCUUGAAAGUCUGUAUUAUAAAGAUAGCAGUUAUCCUAUAUGCUAAAAAGACAGCCAUAGAAACUGAAGAGUAUAUAAAAGAUCAUUCCUAGAAAAUAAA